CACAAUCUCUCCACCUAAAGGAACCAUGAAGCCAAUAAGGCUCUCAUCUCUAUUAGAUUUUCUCCUCUUUAACACACAAACCUAGAAGAACUCGCGAAGAUCUCAACUGAAGGUAACCAAAUUCAAGAAAAUCAAGAACCUCUCUCUUGAUGGCCAAAUACAUCUUCUCUUUCCUCCUCCUCCUCACCACCACCACAGCCACCUCCACCUUCAAUCGCAUCUGCACUUUUAGCUCCACACCCUCACCGACCUCUGCCACCACUCCUGCUCCAACUCCCAUCACCAAUACCAACAGCAAAACCGCCCUCUCCCCCACAUUUGCACCAUCUCCCAUCAUGACCAUCCCCACUCCUGCACCCUCUUCUGCUCCAACUCCCAUCAAUAAUACCACCACAACCACCUCCACCACCCUCACUCCCACAACCACACCCUCGACCUCGACUGUCCCUACUCCAUUUCCCACAAACAAAAUCACCCUCACCCCCACAUUUGCCCCCAGUCCGGCCCCAACUCCCACCAUCAUCACCCCCAUAUUGGGCCCCAGUCCAGCCCCAACUCCAACCAGCAGUUCCACCUCCACCACCACACCCACAUUUGGCCCCAGUCCUGCCCCAACUCCAACCAACAGUUCCAUCUUCACCGCCACCUUCUCACUACCACCAACACCAUCAUCACCAUUUACACCGCAACAAGAUGGCCUCAAAUUCGUCUUUCAAGAACAAAUCUACAACAUCAUUGAUGCGAUACUUGGUACAGGAGAUUUCAAGAACUGGGCCAUUGCCCUCAGCAUGGCUGACUCUACCACCUUCCCAAUCUCCGCCACUUUCUUUAUCCCGUCUGACAACUCUCUUUCUCCUAUUACCACCUCCGCUGACCCUGACAUCUUCCCUUACCACAUUGUCCCUCAACGCCUCUCUUUCGCUGAUCUCCAGCAAUUUAAGACCUUCUCUCGCCUUCCAACUCUCCUUUUUGACAAGUCCAUACUUGUCACCAACAAUUCUGCAUCAAAUUUCACCCUUGAUGGCUCUCGUCUCACUCAUCCUGAUAUCUACACCAAUGCUGCCAUUACAGUUCAUUGCAUAGAUAACCUUCUUGAUCACUCAGUUUAUGGUACUGAAUCUGGGAAGAACUCUUCAAAACCAGACAAGGUUGGCCCGCCACCAACUCCUGCUUCUCCUCCUCGUCCUACUCCAAGAACAUUUGUUCCAAGCACUGCAGAUGAUGAAGAGUUUACAGUUCAUCAGCAUGGAGAAUCAGAUGCGGCUUGCUUGUGCACUGAGGUGUGGACUGUUUUCUUGGUUCUUUGUGUGGCUUUGGCAUCCAAGUUUCAAAGAAUGAUUCUUGUCCAUUGAUGGGUUCUUGCUAAAGAAAUGAAGACAAUCAAGAAGUACUGUAUUGCUAGCUGGAUCUUUUGCAGCUUUAGGCUUGUGCUUGUUGUCAGCAUCAAAACAAUCAAUUGGGUAAUGAUCUUUCAUGGCAUUUGUAAGAUCGUUUAAAUGUAAAUCUGAUGCAGAA